AUGGUAAGGCGAUCUGUACUGACAAUGACGGCGUUGAGAGGAAGAAAUUGGGAUUUGAUCCCGAAAUCUUUGAUUCCUCGCUACUAUUCCACGCCUGCUUCAUCGCCACGGUCACCUGACAGUUGCGCUGCGGCAACUGAUGAUAUUCUUCUUGAUGAAUCAACGGUUUCUGCUACGACCGGGGCUGAGAUGUUACCCACGCUGCUCCGUCCUCGCGUUGUUGUAUACGACGGCGUUUGUCACCUCUGCCACACCGGAGUGAAGUGGGUAAUUAAGGCCGACAAGGAUAAGAAAAUCAAGUUCUGUUGUCUACAGUCAAAAGCUGCCGAGCCUUACAUGAGAGUGUGCGGUGUGGACAAAGAGGAUGUUCUCCGUCGCUUUCUGUUCAUUGAAGGUCCAGGUUUAUACCACCAAGGCUCUACUGCUGCUUUGAGGGUUCUGUCUCACUUACCACUGCCUUAUUCCGUGUUGAGCACCCUCAUGAUUGUUCCGACUCCUUUGAGAGAUGCUGCCUAUGACUAUGUUGCCAAGCGACGCUAUGACUGGUUCGGGAAGCACGAGGAUUGCUUAGUUCUAAAGGAAACGGAGUUGCUCGAGCGUUUCAUUGAUUGGGAAGAACUGCUAGAGCGAAGUCGCAAACAAUUCUAA